UUCGUCACUCUUGCGCUAACUUUACCGUCGUUGAAAAUUACUCAGGGGUUGUAUUAUCUGAUACUACCGCAACUAGUAUCUUUUUUGUGCUAAUCCAACAGGAAGACUGACUAAGUGAAUCCUCUGGUUUCCGGGCUGCUAAACCUUUUUUUCCGGUAUAACAAAGGGAGCAUAAUGAGGAGUUACAGAUGCGCUAUUGUCUUGUUUUUCAUCCUGGGGGCUGCACUUGCUGCAGAAAACUACCUGGAUUACGGAGAAGAAAAUGCGGACCGCAAUAUCGAAAAUCUGAAGGAAUUCUACAGGUACUUGUUGCGACGCAAUUCCCUGGAAGGGUUGAGAUCAUCAAUGUCUCUUGAUUCACCGUACGAACAUCUGAUGAUACGAAAAUCACAGCGGUCACCAUCCCUGCGUCUUCGGUUUGGUCGUUCUGAUCCAAUGAUACCCAAGGGAAAUCUAUUAACGAGAUCGGCAUCAAACCCAGCAUCUUUUGAGGACAAUUGAGACUACUGGCUACAUUGCGUAUUAAAUAUGAAAUAAUUUUCAUACCUGAAUAAAGGCUUUUCUUUCAAUAUAAUUAAUAAUAUUAAAAUUUAUGCUAAAAUUCA